ACGCCAUGAAGCUGCCGCGGCGUGCGUGGCGGCACCGGACGGCGCUGGGACUGGGCGGUCUGGCGCUGUGCGGCGCCGCGCUGCUCUACCUGGCGCGCUGCACGGCCGACGGCCACCGCCCACUGCCCGGCCGCGGCCCCGGGCCCCCGCCCGCUGGGUCCCCGCGCGCUACCGCCUUCCUGGCCGUGCUGGUGGCCAGCGCGCCGCGGGCAGCCGAGCGGCGCAGCGUGGUCCGCGGCACGUGGCUGUCGGCGGCGCGACGCGGCGGCCCGGGCGACGUGUGGGCGCGCUUCGCGGUGGGCACGGGAGGCCUGGGCGCCGAGGAGCGGCGCGCCCUGGAGCGCGAGCAGGCGCGGCACGGGGACCUGCUCCUGCUGCCCGCGCUGCGCGACGCUUACGAGAACCUCACUGCCAAGGUGCUGGCCAUGCUGGCCUGGCUCGACGAGCACGUGGACUUCGAGUUCGUACUCAAGGCGGACGACGACUCUUUCGCGCGGCUGGACGCCCUGCUGGCGGAUCUGCGCGCCCGCGACCCCGCGCGCCGCCGCCGCCUCUACUGGGGCUUCUUCUCGGGCCGCGGCCGCGUCAAGCCCGGGGGCCGCUGGCGCGAGGCCGCCUGGCAGCUCUGCGACUACUACCUGCCCUACGCGCUGGGCGGCGGCUACGUGCUGUCGGCGGACCUAGUGCACUACCUGCGCCUCAGCCGCGAGUACCUGCGCGCGUGGCACAGCGAGGACGUGUCGCUGGGCGCCUGGCUGGCGCCUGUGGACGUGCAGCGCGAGCACGACCCGCGCUUCGACACUGAGUACAAGUCCCGCGGAUGCAGCAACCAGUACCUCGUGACACACAAGCAAAGCCUGGAGGACAUGCUGGAGAAGCACCAGACGCUGACGCAUGAAGGCCGCCUGUGCAAGCAGGAGGUGCAGCUGCGCCUCUCCUACAUCUACGACUGGUCCGCGCCGCCCUCACAGUGCUGUCAGAGGAAGGAGGGCGUCCCCUGAGCGCUGCUGCCACUGCCACACCUGGGGUAACGGGCGCGCCAGGGAUGUGGGGUUCCCAGCCCAGCUGCAGCUGCCCUGCGGAGCGUUGGUGCUAAAGGAGACCUCAAGAUAGACGCCUCAGGAGGUGGCAGUUGCAGCGAGUCUUUCUGGAGCCCCCACUGGUCUUACACUGGGGAAGCUGACAGCUCUGGCCAGUUGUCCAGCCCUCGGGAGGAAUCUAGUUUAUACAGUGACUGGUAGGGCUUUUGGACCAAUGCCAGGUGGCAGUGGACAAGUAGGUCCCAGCUCCGGUCUGGGCCAUACACACCAUGUCGCCCCAGAACAUUGUGUUCUUGGACUGGCAGACCAUGGGGCUUGCUAAGGUGACGCAUCACAUCCAGGUAAAUGUGUCCUGCCCCUGGAUUUCAGCUGCAUUUUCCUGGACUGCACAGGUGCCCAGCUGGGUGUGUGACAACGGGCAGAACCUUCCAGAUGUGCAGGGCCUUGCAGCCCCACCCCUGGCCUGUCCUCUUGCUGUCCUGUCCCAAGGCAGGGACCAGGAGCCAGAGGCCAGAGCUGAUGGGCACUUGCAGAACCUGACUCCAAAGAGAGUCCAACUUGUUCUGGGUGGCGACUCUGUCAUGUCCUGCAUCCGCUGUGUUAACCGUCCGUCUAGAAGUCAUUGCCCCCAGAGCUGCACUGCUGUGAAUGGACCGCAGGCCCUUGCCAGUUGCAACUCACUGCAUGUUGCAACCCAGCGGCUUCUCUCAAAAGGGCUGCUGCUCUGUACGCUUAGCUUUCCUUCCUCUGUGUCUCCCGUGUUGGUGUCGUUUAUCAUCUGUAAGCCUAAGGCCGAGCUUCAUUUUAUGUGAAUUAGCUUCCAUGGUAUUUUGGUGUGUGUGUCUCCCUAGAGUGAAUUCGUGGUAAAUGUAAUUCAGGGCCUGCCUGUCAUUUAUUUAUAAACAUUGUAAAUUUGUGUAGAUAAGAGUUUCAGCUGGGCGUGUGUGAGGUCUUGGUAUUUUUUAAAUUAUUUGAGACUUUCUAUCAGAACUUGGAAUUCUUGGAUUAAUCUGUUUUUAUAGCUUGAGUUGUGGAUCCGUUGCUGCAUGUGUGUUUAAACAUGGAAGAAUUUUAAAACUGUCCAUUUUUCUUUUCAGUUUACACAUAAGUCAGUCCCAUUGUCUCCCUUCUGCAAAGACUUUCCUUUUAAGGCUUCCUUGCGGCCUCACGGGCAAGUGCUUCUCAUGCACGCAUCUGUUAUCUUAGACUCUGGGCCCAAGUUCCAGGAAUCUGAACGCUUGGAAGCGCUGAUGAGGUUUCCCAAAUCCUGUCUUAAGAAAACAGGCUUUGCUGGCCGGUGUCCUUGUGCCGGGGACAAACGUGACGUGCCCGACAGAUGAUCGGCUCUCACGCUCCAGCACAGCCUCAGGAAACCAGGGUUUCCUUUUUCCCGUUAAGUGUGAACGGGGUGCUGUGCUCAAUGAAGGGGCUGCAGGGUGUCCGUGAGCCCUUCCCAGCCCAGCAGCGUGUGGCUGCCAUGCGUUUCUGUACAGGUCCCCGGCUGGGCUACCACCGUCUCCGGUCCACCUUGGGCCAUGUGAAUGGGAAUACAGAUCUCUGCCUUACCUCUUCAUUACCAUUUUACAUUCUUAGGCCACGGGUUUAAGAGCAGGUGUCUCUGUCAGCCCACCCGCCAUAGCCUGUCCCACCAGCAGUACGACGUAACAGACGGUUGUUUCUCUCCAUCUGGAGGCUGGAGUCUGAAACCAGGGAGCCCACAGAGCAGGUGUUGGUGAGGUGUCUCCCUGGUGUGCUGAUGCCACGUUCUCAUGGCCCUCACGGCCAGGAGGGACCCAGAGCAAGCUCUCUGGUGUCUCUUCUAGGGGCACUAAUCCCAUGGAGUACCCCCAUGACCUCAUCUCCUUCAAUCACCCCCAAAAGCCCCACCUCCUAACACCAUCACACUGGGGGUUGAGGCUUCAACCUGAAUUUGGGGGGACACAAUUAGUCCGUAGCAGGAGGUUGUGGUUAUUUUUGUUUAAAGGGAGAAGGAUGUGCAGAUCUUGGGGUCUCAGGCCAGAGAAGGGGGGUCGUGUGGUUAGUGACCUGGAUGUGAGUCUGCCUCCUUCAGAAAGUGGAGUCUGGACCAGAGAGGCCCCAAGGCUCCACCCCCUUCUGAUUACAAGGUGAGUGUGAGCGUCUGAUGAACCGCCUUGAGCCAGGACUGACGUCCCCUGCAUACACCUUAUUCACAGGAUGAGGAUCCAGGUUUGGGGACGCCAGGGUGAGCAGAACGGGGCCCUGCCCCCCAGUGGGACGCUGACAGCAACAGAACCCGACUUCUGACAGCCAUUGUCAACUGGGCUGUGCUGUUGGAACCUUGGGUCACCAGUUCAGUGGUGUGUACACGCUUCCCAUCUUUCAGGCGAGGAUGAACCGGAAGGACUUGCUGAGGUCCACGCCGCCAAUGGCACAACUGAGACUCAAGUCACGGGUUCCUGCCCAGCACCAUCCGGUCCUGCAUAGCGUGGACCUCACAGAAAGCACAGUGCCAGUGUCCAAGACGCCUGCUAGGACCUCUGUAAGUUCAGGCACAUGUCCAGAGGGACCUGAGCUGUGGCAUUCAGCUGACCCACGUAUUCAACCAGAUUUGACUUGCAAAACUGGAAAUUAGCAGGUUGCUUCAAAGCAGCACAGCCCAGGGGGCUGACCAUGUCCAUCCACACCGCUGUUGAUGUGAUGUCAGGAUUCAGCUGGAGCUCAAGGCUGGCAACCUCUUCCUAAAGUGACCCAUGGCCACCCUCAUGUGUGGUCCUAGUGGAGUCAUGCCUUCUGGACCUGUGUGUGCUGUGGACCAGGGUCCCAGGACAGAGCAGGCCCUCGGGAGAUGGAGAAGUCAGACUAUCGAACCAGACUUUGGGAGAAUUUAGGGUACAGGGCAACUAAGUCUUCUCCCGGCCAAACUCCCAUCGCUCCUGAACGGUCGGCAGAGCUCAACCUUGCCAGCAUCAAGGGGAGGUGGUGAGGGAGCUCGGCAGCUGGAGGGGAGCCCCAGGAUGGGGCGCCAGGCGGCAGUCACUCCUGGUAACGCCCAGCGAUGUGCUCUGACACCCCAAUGAUGUGCAUUGUCCCGUGAAGGGAGGAGAAAGCUGAAGCACAAGAGACCGAGUGCCUCGGCCCAGGUCCCAGAGCCAGAAAGCCGGGAAACUUCCAACGCCUGCAAGAGCCAAGAUGGAUCUGCCAUGAAUUGACGGAGCAAGCACAGGUCACGUGCUGUCUGCUCCCGUUUCUGCGAUAUUCUUGGAUAAUGAAGGUGGAGAUGGGGACAGAUUCGUGCUGCCAGGGCUGUGGUAGGAGGCGACUGUCUGCAUAUUGACCUGGUUGACAUUGCCCUUUGGUUUUGCCAACUCCACCAUCAGAAUGGGUGAGGGGCACCUGGGACUGCCCUGCGUCGUUUCUCACAGUGGCCUGGGCGUCCACAAUUACCUCGAAAUUGAAACAGACUAUGUAGCACAUUGCCAAUUCUAAUGAAGCAGAGACUGAGAAGGCCACGUCCCCAGGAUGGCCAGGCACUAGGAGCGCGUGGUCCUGCAGUUGGGACGUGGGGUGCAGUGAAGACAGCACCCAUAGCUGGGUCCACAGGGCGGGUGCUGCUCCCCGCUGGCUACCUGUCACCCGAGACUUUUCCUAG